AUGGAGGAUAUAAAUCAGGGACGAACAGCAUUACACAUGGCUGUUCAUAACUAUAAUUCAAACAUCAUCACAACUUUAAUCGAAUAUGGAUGUAAACCAGAUGAAAAAGAUGAAGAGGGAAAGACAGCAUUACACUUGGCUUUCAGUGUUCAUUUGUGUAAUCCAGAUAUCUUUACAACUUUACUUAAACAUGGCUGUAACCUAAAUGAAAAAGACAACACGGGGAACACAGUAUUACACUUGGCUUGCAGCAAACAUUUGCGGAAUGCAGACAUCAUUAAAACUUUACUAAAACAUGGCUGUAAUCCAGAUGAAAAAAACAAAGAGGGGAACACAGUAUUACACUUGGCUUGCGGCGAACAUUUGCAGGACGUAGACAUCAUUAAAGCUUUACUUAAACAUGCCUGUAAUCCAGAUGAAAAAGACAAUCAGGGGAAGACAGCAUUACACUUGGCUUGCAGCGAACAUUUGCAGGAUGUAGACAUCAUUAAAGCUUUACUUAAACAUGGCUGUAAUCCAGACGUAAAAGACAAUCAGGGGAAGACAGCAUUACACUUGGCUUUCAGUGUACAUUCGCGUAAUCCAGACAUCUUUACAACUUUACUUAAACAUGGCUGUAACCUAGAUGAAAAAGACAACAAGGGGAACACAGUAUUACACUUAGCUUGCAGAGAACAUUUGCGGAAUGCAGACAUCAUUAAAACUUUACUGAAACAUGGCUGUAAUCCAGAUGAAAAAGACAAUCGGGGUAACACAGCAUUACACUUGGCUUGCAGUGUAAAGUUGUGGAAUCCAGACCUCAUUAAAACUUUACUUCAACAUGGCUGUAGCCCAGAUAAAGAAGACAACGAGGGGAACACAGUAUUACACUUGGCUUGCAGCGAACAUGUGCGGAAUGCAGACAUCAUUAAAACUUUACUGAAACAUGGCUGUAAUCCAGAUGAAAAAGACAAUCGGGGGAACACAGCAUUACACUUGGCUUGCAGUGUAAAGUUGUGGAAUCCAGACCUCAUUAAAACUUUACUUCAACAUGGCUGUAACCCAGAUGAAGAAGACAACGAGGUACAAUAA